CUAGGAAUGAGUUAACGCCAAUAUUAUGCAGUGAUUGGAUAGUUUCGCAGCCCAGUAGCCUGCAAGCUAGUCAUUCCUAAAACCGGAUGUUUAUUUCAACCAAUGGGCAUAUAAAUGCCAAGGUUAGACGACAAGUGACCUUUUCUUCAAAACUAUAUUUCACUGCUUCGAAUAGUAACAGUCUAGCUCAAAAUAAAGUUGUAACCUUUACUGCAAACAGAUUUUAAUUCUUAGGAUAGUUUUAACAAGUCAAAAUAAUUCUUUCAAUUCAGUAUUGUUUAAAUGAAUGUGACAUGAAGGGAUUUACAAAUGUGCAAUAUCUUGUGAUCCGUGAUUUUCAGUUUGAAAGAUUCCAUAAACCAAAACAAAAUUACCAUUAUUUCCUUCAUUUCUUUUAAAUAAAAAGAAUUUACACCAUUUUAGAUAACAUUUUUGUGUUUAUCUAUCAGUUGACAAUCAGAAGACAAUAAAGUCAAAUUAUUAUAUAUACAACUUAUUUUAAAUAAAUUAUUCCCGCAUUUAUUCCUCAACGGAUAGAUUAAAUAUGUCAAUCAAUUGUGUUUAUUGAUCAUUGAACAUUGAAACUUGAAAUAGCGCGCCUAAAUCAGUCAAACAAAGAGAUUUAUACAGAUGGAACAGAAUACUGUACAAUAUCGACUUCAGAUAGCCUACGAGAAGCUAUUGUUACAAUGAUUUAUGAUCGUGAGGAUAAAACACCUUUAUUAUUUGCUUCACCUGUAUUUCAGUUAACUGAAACUAAACUGCCUUCCUUCUAUGGUGGAUGUAGACCAGAAAAUUUACCUAAGGAUUUCAGAGAUCGUGCAGCUAAAGCAGAAUUCGCCAAAGAUACUGAUUAUACACAACCGGAAUUUCCUAUCAAUCUACAAAUGAUAUGUAGUGUAUGCAAGACGAAAGAUUGGCAAGGUGAUCGAUAUACAUGUGUGAUCUGUCCAAAAAUUGUAUUAUGCCCUAACUGCUUUAAAAAUAAUAAACAUUCACAGCAUCCUGUACUGAUUACUAGACGGAAUACUGAAUUCCCUUGUCAGGUAUUACAAGCAGUGAAAAUUGUAGCUGCUGAUGUCAAUGUAGAGGAUUCCGAAGAUUCUGCUGUGGAGGAAGAAGAAGAAGUUGGAGAAGGAGGUGAAGAAGAAGAGGAAGAAGAAGAUAAUGACACUGAGGAACGGUGGAAUACAUCCACUUCGCGAACAUCAUCAUCAUCCGUUGUCACAGACGUCUCUGGUGAAGUCUAUAAAGUAUUGUUUACACUUCGUGAGAUGGGUUUUCAGCAAAGGAGUAGUGAAUUGACUGAAUUAAUUAUAAAAGAGCGCGGUAAUUUACAGACAAUAGUUGAAAAGUUAACAGACUGAAAGCAGAAUCUCACAGAUAUCUACAAUGACACAAAAAACAAUUUUCCAUUUCACUGCUUUGUUCAAAAAUCAAUGUGUAUAUAUAGAACGUUCUGCAUAAAACUUAGUUUUGUUCUUAUAAUUUUGUGAAAGAUAACUUUCCCUAAAACAUUUUAGAAUAACUA